CUGUGUGUGUGUGUGUGAGAGAGAGAGAGAGAGAGACGGAGUGGGUGUUGGGUUGGUGGUAGGGCCGGUCACUUUUAUCAGCACGAGAAAAAUCCAUUUGCUCUCUCCGUCUCGCUUUCCCGCUUCUUCUUGAAUCUCAUCCCUCUCUUCAUGUCUGGAAAAAAAUUGAGUGAGUGAGUGAAUGGGUUUGUCUGGUUUAGGAAGGGAAAAGAGGUCCAUACGAAACUGAUCUAUACGUACAUGCACAGAGAGAGAAAUGGGAGAGGAGAGAGAGAGUUCAGAGAGAGAAAGUGAGAGUGAGAGAGGUGGUGUUGCGAUGGAAACUCCACAGCGGAACCAGAUCAUGACGCCCAUUUCUAGAUUCGAGGAUUCUCCUGUCUUUAAUUUUCUCAACAGUCUCUCCCCCAUAAAGCCGGUUAAGUCCAUACACAUUACACAGACAUUUAAUUCUCUCAGUUUUGCAUCUGUUCCAUCUGUUUUCACUUCUCCUCAUGUCAGCUCCCUCAAGGAAUCUAGAUUCAUAAAAAGGCAUCAGGUCUCAGAUCUGUCAAAACCUGAGUUUUCCUCAGAGAAUGUGGCCAAAGUUAGCACCAGUGAGGGGAUUAAAUAUUUUGCUCAUAGCUCUGCUGAGCGACUGGAAAAUUUUGAUCCAGGGAGUUCUGUUUGUAAAGCUUCUGAUGAGCCAUCUUACGAAUGCUCAAAGCUCGCAAUGACCUUAACUUAUGAUAGUAAUAGCCCUGACUCCGACUCAACACCUUGCCGUGGCACCAGGAUCAACUGUGUUUCAGAUCUAGUUGACGCAUCAACGUUACUUAUUCCUUUUGUUCAAGAUUUCUCGGAAAAAGGUAUCUUUGGAUGUGAAGGGCAUACAGAAGGAAUAAGCCAAAUUGACCAAACUAGUGAAGCCGCUGGUUGUCAUUGGGAAUGUUUGAUUUCUGAUGCUGCUGAUCUAUUAGUUUUUGAGUCACCCAAUGGUACGGAGGAUUUUAAGGGUCCCUCUCAAAAAUCACUGGAUUCUGGAACAAGGUUCUGUACUUCUCUUAUCAAUGAUUUGCAGACGACACAAGCUGUUGGUGCAGUCGGUUCAGAUGAACUACACAGAGCAGAAAAUCUGUACAUUCAACUGGGAGAGGGAGGUGAUGAAAAGGAAAUAGCUGAGACACAAGACAUGUUUGUUAAUACUUCAUUGAGUAAUUGUGUGGCUGGUGGGUCAAGUGAAAAUAUAGAUGAUGAGCCUGUUUCUAAUUUGUACCGUGGCAUGAGAAGACGCUGUCUGGUUUUUGAGAUGACGGGGGCUCGCAGAAAGCAUUUAGAGGAGGGUUCAAGUUGUGGUUCUACCAUGUUAUCACUACCUGAUGGAAACGUUAGUUCCAAUGAUAAGCAACUAGCUCAUCUAAAGCCCACCAAUGAUUCUUCACGGUGCAUUUUACCUGGAAUCGGAUUGCAUUUAAAUGCUCUUGCAACAACUUCAAAGGACUACAAGGUUGUAAAGCAUGAAGCUUUGGCUUCUGGAAUACAACUAUUAUCGGCACCAGAAUCCAGUGCUUCAUUUCAAGAACCAUUAAACAGUUCUGUGGCUGUGACGUCUUCAGAAAUAGACUUGGGUCCUGUUGAAAACGGAGCUUCGGAGUUGGAAGAGGCUUCUCAGGUAUCUGGCUAUGUAGUCAAUGAAGAGUUCAAUCAAAGUAGCCCAAAGAAAAAGAGGCGUAGGUUCGAACAUGCUGGAGAAACUGAGUCCUGCAAGCGUUGUAACUGUAAAAAAUCAAAAUGCUUGAAGCUUUACUGUGAAUGCUUUGCUGCUGGUCUCUAUUGUGUGGAACCAUGUUCAUGUCAAGAUUGCUUUAACAAACCUGUUCAUGAAGAUACUGUUCUGGAAACUCGGAAACAGAUUGAAUCUCGCAAUCCCCUUGCGUUUGCUCCAAAAGUGGUUAGAAGCAUUGAUGCCGUUCCUGAAAUUGGGGAUCACUCCAGCAAGACUCCUGCUUCAGCACGGCAUAAAAGAGGAUGCAACUGCAAGAAAUCUGGUUGCCUAAAGAAAUACUGUGAAUGCUAUCAGGGUGGUGUUGGGUGCUCCAUUAACUGCAGAUGUGAAGGGUGCAAGAAUACGUUUGGCAGAAAAGUUGGAUCUGCUCUAAUAGAAACAGAGGCUGAACUAGAAGAAGAGCAAACAGAAACAAGUGAAAAGAGUGUGGUAGAAAGCAGUUCACAUAAAUUUGUAAUCCAGAAUGAUGCUAAGCAGAAUACAGACUCUGUUCUACCUGCAACGCCUACACAAUUUUCCAGACAAUUGGCUCAGCAGCCAUUUUCCUCGAAGUUUAAACUGCCAAGAUCUUCUUUUCUUUCCAUCGGAUCCUCUUCUGGGUUGUAUGGUAGCCAAAGAUCUGGAAAGCCAAGUUUUUGUCAACCACCAACCAAGUUUGAGAAGCAUUUUCAAACGGUUCGAGAAGAUGAAAUGCCUGAAAUUCUUCAUGGGAACUGUUCUCCUAUCAGUGGUGUCAAGUCUGCAUCUCCCAACAAUAAGAGAGUCUCUCCUCCCCACUGCGACUUUGGAUUAUCCCCUGGUCAGAGGAGCAGCCGGAAGCUGAUUUUGCAAUCAAUUCCUUCCUUUCCUUCACUCACCCCAAAACAUUGAGAUAGUCACUAGUUUGGUGAACUUGGAUGGAGUCCUUUCAAUCUUACUGUAGUUAGUGGUUAUGUUGUUUAGUUGUAUACCCUUUGAGCUUGCCUUCUAUGCCUGUAUAAUAGUUAUUGUUUCUGUAAUAAUCAACUAUGUUUCAGACCUGUCAAAUUG